AAAAAAACAAAAAAGACUUGCAGUUUACGAAAAUCAACUUUGAAGUAACCUCACGUCUUCUCGACACUCAUAAGUCACCCACCUCCAUUUUUUUCCUCUCUCUUCCACACCUCCACCAUUUUUAAUCACCUGCACAAACCACCACUCUCUCACUCAUCAAUGGCUUCCUCUCCAUCUUCUUCCUCCUCAACAUCCUCCUCCUUCGAUGAAUUCGACGACGAAUCUUUCGAGCACACUCUGCUCGUAGUUCGCGAAGUCGCCGUCUUCAAGAUUCCUCCUCGAUCGACCUCUGGUGGUUAUAAAUGUGGUGAAUGGCUUCAAUCCGAUAAGAUCUGGUCUGGUCGUCUUCGUGUUGUUUCCUGCAAAUCUCGAGCUGAAAUUCGCCUUGAAGAUCCGAUUUCUGGCGAUCUUUUUGCUGCUUGUUAUGUUUAUCCUGGUCUUCGUGAUCAAUCUGUUGAACCUGCGCUUGAUUCUAGUCGUUAUUUUGUGCUUAAGAUUGAAGAUGGGAGAGGUAAGCACGCGUUCAUUGGAUUAGGGUUUUCUGAGAGAAAUGAAGCGUUUGAUUUCAAUGUGGCAUUGUCUGAUCAUGAGAAACAUGUGAAAAGAGAGAGUGAGAAGGAUGUUGCUGGUGCAAGUGAAGGGGAUGAUAAUUCUAUCGAUAUUCAUCCUGCUGUUAAUCAUAGAUUAAAGGAAGGUGAAACCAUUCGAAUAAAUGUGAAGCACAAACCAGCGAGUGGGACUGGUAUGCUUUCUUCUGGGAAGACUGUGGGGCUUUCAAGCACCAACAACCCAAAACCUUUGGGUCUUGCACCGCCUCCAAGUGGGUCUGUGAAGCUUCGAUCACCACUCCCGCCACCACCUAAUGACCCUGUUGUUACUAGGAUAACUUCUAAUUUAAAAGGCUCAAAGGAAAGUGCAAGACACGCCGUCGAUCCUUUGUCUGACUUUUCACAACUUGAGAGAAAUCUUCCGUCUAAAGCUGGAUCUGGGUCAACAAAUAGCAGUGCUGCUGGAUGGGCAGCGUUUUGAAUGUACUCUAUCAGUGCCCUACUUCUACUCAUGUACUAUUAGUUUGUUGUUUACGAUAUGAGAGAGCAGCGCACCCAUGCAUGUUUGAGUGCGCGAGAGAGGGAGAGAUUUUUUUUGAUUUCGAGGAAACGAUAAUCCCUAGAGGCCAGGGGAAUUGAUAUUCCUGGGCGGUGAGAAUCAACCAUGAGCUUGUUAUUGAGUAAUUGAAUACUUGUCAAUUUCUUCUCAAUAAUGCAUUAAUAUAUGUGUUUAUAAACUUUAGAGAUCAUUGUAAUUUCUUACAACUAUUUGGCUAUGGAUCUUUGUGUCAUUGUUUUAGGUGAUUUUAUAAUGAUACUUUUAACAUUUAUUAUUGGUAAAGGCUAAAGCAAUCUAAGCCAUUGAUGUA